AUGCCCUGUGAAGCAUUGCAUAAUAAAGUCGAGAUCGACGAGAGCAAGUUUUGGGAUGAGAAUGGGAUACAUUGGGAGCCGCAUCGGAUUGGGUGGGCGGUUGCUGGGGGGUGUACUGUCAUCACUGUGAUAAUCUCGACGUAUACAGUUCUCAAACACUGUCGGAACUACACCAAUCGAGCUCAACAACGGCAAAUAUUGCGAAUUCUCUACAUGCCGCCUCUAUACGCUAUCAUCUCGUGGCUAUCAUACCGGUUCUUCCGGUACUACACAUACUACCAGCUCGUUUACAUCGCUGCGACUGCUACUGGCAACUCGGCUCAUAAAGCGAUUGAGAGGAAGGAUAAGAGGCCGUUGCCUAUACCCUUUUGUUGUUGGAGGUAUCGUCCUACAAAGGCAUACUUCAUGUACACCGUCAAGUGGUCGGUUUUGCAAUAUGUUAUCGUUCGACCGGCGGCGUCGAUCACAGCGAUGAUCUGUGAAGCGUUCAACGUGCUCUGCCAUGCUGAAGGGUUCACGUAUAAAUAUGCGAGCAAACGACCUGGAGCCAAGUUUUUGGCGAUCAAGUUGAUUGUGAUGUUCACGUUUUAUCAGGCGUUUGUGUUCAGUUGGUUGCAAGGGCGGGUUAUUCAUGAAACGAAGUAUUGGACGGAGACCAAUAUCGCGAAUGGGUUGAACGCGUUGGCUAUAUGCAUUGAGAUGGUCUUCUUCGCGAUCCUGAUGUGGUGGGCCUACACUCCCAACGAGUACCUCCGUCCACGCGACACGAAACCAACGAACGUAUGGAAAGCCCUCUGGGAUUCUAUAAAUUACUCGGAUUUUGCGCGGGAGAUCGCAGAAUCGUUCCGGUUCUAUUUUUCGCAAGUUGGGCGUUCGUCUAAAUCCAAAGCUAAAUCGAGGUCGGCGCCGACGACGUACUCGGAGAGGUCGAUGAAGAGGAGGAGUGCGUGGGGUGGUGGUGGUGGUGGAGAUGGAGAGGAGAGGAGGAUGGAUUUUGGAGAGGCGUUUGGUGUUUAUAGGAGGGUUAGUUCGAGGGGGGAGGGGGAGUUUGAGAUGGAGGUUGGGAGGGGUGGGAGUGGGAGUGGGUCUAGUUCCAGUGGUGGACAUGAUGUGAGUGGGUACAAGGGAACGAAUACGUCUACUCAGGGUGCUCCGGGGGCGUACCAACCAGCUGGGUACCACCAACCGACGGGGGGAUACCACCAACCGACGGCAUACCACCAACCGACGGCGACGGGUUAUUCAGAUCCGUACCAGAAAGAGGAGUCGAAGGAGGAUGGUGGUGGUGGUGGUGGUGGUGUGGAUUUGGGGUAUUAUGAGCAUCAUGUUGUGCCGAGUGUUGGGUAUCAGCCUCAGGGACAGAGUGAGAGUCAGAGUCGGCUAGGGGGGUAUCAAGGGCAUGGAGGAGGAGGGUAUCAGGGGAAUCAUGGAGGAGGAGGAUAUGAUCAGCGCGUAUAUGGAAGUGGGGUUGCGGGUGGGGGGUAUGAGGGACCGACAGCUGUUUAG